AUGGAGGUCAUAUGGUGAGAUGACGUAGACUCUGAACUCCUUGUAUGAAUAAAUCAAUGAACCAACACUCACAACAGGAAGAACUUUUAAUGUUUGAAUUCAAACUUUCAUUAUGACUUCAAAGCACAGAGUAAGACUUUAAAAACGUCUGCUGUCGUGUGCCUGUCAGUCUGCUGAGUCUAAAUGCUCCAGUUCUCCUGUCCUGUGUGAUGUCUGCACUCACAUGACCCUGAGAAUGUGGGACGGUCUCCUGUGGACGUGGAUCUGGAGCGUCCUUUAGCCUGCUGUGUUUGUGUUUGUUCUGCAGGUUAAACAGGUUCUCUUAUGUAACAGGAAGUUACUUUCAUUUCCAUCCAGACAGCUGGAGAACCACAAAGUACCAGUCGAAUGAAGAAACGAAUGCAGCUUGCCACAAGGUCACUGACGUAUUGAUUAUAGAUUAUCUGAAACAUCCUCAUACGGCACGGUGUAAAAAAAGUCCUGUAUCAGAAACGCAGGACUUCCUGUCAGUUUUAUUGCCUGAUGUUCUAUAAAUAAAUAACUGAUAACCUCAGCAGAGCCCCGACCAGCAGCACACCUGGACUCACCUGUGACGGCUCGCUAAUCUGUAACAAUACUUAAAAAGUAAUUUCAUUCUGAAAUGUAUUGCAGUACAGACUGAAAUAGCAUAAGCUGGAUGUACUAAAGUUAAGCACGUGUAGCUCGGAUCUGAAGUACAAUGUACCUGGUCCUUCACCUGCUCUGAUUCAUUAAUUCAAGUUAAACCUGAUCAGGUUUUGUUGGACCAGAUUUAUGAACGUGACUUAUUUUACACGUCAGCGUUAAGACAGAAUUUCAGAUCCUUCACAGCACUGAAAUAGCUUCUAAAAGAAGCUCUCACUGAGUGGACAUGUCCAGUUUCCUGUACAAAGUCUCAUAUAAAACCUCGCCUGCAGACUCACUGAUGAUCUGCACUCGUGUUAUCAGCAGGCGGAGACAACACAUCAUUAAAGCUGCUGUCCUCUCUGCAUGUCCUCAACUUGUCUUCCUGUUGAAGGUUUUUGGGGAGUUUUGGGGAGCCUGCAGAGACCCCUGAAGUCUGAAGUGCGUUCCUGUGCUGCUCAUCCCGGCCUGCAGGUGGAGACAAAGUCUUCGCUCUGUUGUCCAUGUGGCCCAGAAUAACAGGAUGAGCUCAGUGUGCACCAAACAUUUUAAAUCUCUCCUUCACCGUGUAAAUAAACCUUUUCAUUUAUUUCAGGUGUUCGAUGUAUUCAUUCAGUGUAAAUCUGUUUGCACCCAGCCUGUGCUAUGGGCCUGUUUGUUUUAAAGCCAGGACGUGUUUUUAGACAUGUUUGUCUCGGGUUUCUUUGCUGAUCUGAAUCUAUUUUAACCAAGUGAGGACAAACACUUUCCCUCCUCCUCCUCCUCCUCCUCCUCCUCCGCUGCGCACGGUAGGAGGGAGGAGAGAAGGGAGGAGGUCGGGAGGAGGACGGGAGGAGGAGGGCUCAGUGAUCUGACGCAGCGUGAGCGGCCGCUGCCUCGCUUCCACUCCCCGCUCCCAGGAAGAGACUCGGCGGCUCCGAGGCACAGAUACAGCCGGGACAGAGACCCAGAGGGCGGCUUGUUGUGGCGAUGAGGACGUCCGGGUUGUCGGGCUGCGGAUUAAACCCGGAGCUGUGAACGCGGAGCUUUGUUUUCGUUGUGUGCUGAGUGGCGCAGGAGAAAAGGAUGCCUCCGCGGCCACAGACUCUCCUCCUGCUCCCGUCGAAAAGCUCGAUUAUUUCCGGACAUAAACUGUCUUUUGUCUCCUCUCUGACGGAGGGUUUGUCUUUGAGGAGGGCGCUGAUUUCCGAGGCUCACCGACCACCAUGCUGCCCGCUCAGUAUCCAUGAAAACUCUCAAUGAAAACACGGAGGAGGAGGAGGAGGGGUCGGGCUGCCACGCCAUGGAGGACAAGGAGAACAAUCUGAAAACGGCCAGGUUGUGGAGGGAUGCCGCCCUCCGCUCCAGGAAGCUGCGGAGCAACCUGCGCCAGCUCACCCUCUGCUCCAAAGACAACCAGAUCGUACUGCCCGAGGAUAUAGCCGAGAUAGAGGUGCUCAAUCUGGGCAACAACUCCCUCCAGGAGCUGCCAGAAGGGCUGGGAUCCACCCUCAACAACCUGCGCAUCCUUGUCCUCCGCAGGAACAAGUUCACCGCUGUUCCCCGUGUGGUGUUUGAGCUGGGGCAGCUGGUGGAGCUCGACAUGAGCCACAACUGCCUGCGGAGCUUCUCUGAAGGUGUGGGUCAGCUGAAGGGGCUGAAGAAGCUGUGCAUAAGUCACAACAAAAUCCAGCAUCUUCCAGCUCAGAUUGGAGCGCUUCAGUUUUUGGAGGAACUUGACAUCAGCUUCAAUGACCUGCAUGAUCUGCCCAGAUCUUUCUCCAGCCUGACUAAGCUGCGGACUCUGGAUGCGGAUCACAACAAGCUGAACCAGUUCCCCCCUGAGAUCCUGGCCCUCAGCGAGCUGGAAGAACUUGACUGUUCCGGGAACAAGUUUGAGUCAUUGCCAGCAGACAUCAUAAAACUACAGUUUGUCAAAAUCCUGUGGCUCAGUAGUCUUCACAUGUCCACUUUACCUGACACCUUCUGUCACCUGCUCAACCUGGAGAGCCUGAUGCUGGAUGGGAGCAACCUCACAGCCCUACCCCCUGCUUUUGGAAAUCUGCAAAGACUCAAAAUGAUCAAUUUGUCCUCUAAUGAGUUUGAGAGCUUCCCCCAGGUUAUUUUAAGCAUCACAGGAUUAGAGGAGCUUUACCUGAGCAGGAAUAAAUUGACUCAUAUUCCUGAGGAAAUAGGACAGCUGGUGAAGCUGGCAAACCUCUGGUUGGACAACAACAACAUCACGUAUCUGCCGGAUUCUAUUGUGGAGCUGGAGAAGUUGGAGGAACUUGUUUUGCAGGGUAACCAAAUAGCCAUACUGCCAGAUAAUUUUGGAAAGCUGUCCAAGGUGAACAUUUGGAAGGUGAAGGAUAACCCCCUCAUCCAGCCUCCAUAUGAGGUGUGUAUGAAGGGGAUUCCUUACAUCGCAGCCUAUCAGAAGGAGCUUGCACAUUCACAGUUUGCUGUGAUGCCGAGGCUGAAGCUGGUCCUGAUGGGGAUGAACAACUCUGGGAAGACGCGGCUCCGGCAGAGCGUGGUGAGCACAAAACAGGAUGUUAAAGAAGUCCAAGGAAACAAAGGAAUUGAAGUCACCAACUGGGUGGCAGACGCUGAUCGCAGUCUUACAUUUCUGGUGUACGAUUUGUCAGGGAAGCAAAACUACGACCUCAUCAAACCCUUUUUUCUCUCCACUGGUGCUCUCUACACUCUUGUUGUGAAUCUCAAAGCGUAUUCACCCAAGAACUUUUAUGCCCACGUCGGAUAUUUUCUCCACCUCCUCGGUGCCAAAGUACCCCACGCCGUUGUGUGCUUGGUGGGCACACAUGCAGACUUGUGUGAAGAGGUGGAGGUGGAGGAGAAGAGUCUGGACAUUCACAGACAGAUAAGCCUGCAGGAGAAGGAAGACAUCCAGAGCAUAAGGAGUCUGAUUCUUCAGGUGGAUCAGGCCCUGGACCAGGGUUACAGUGUCCGGUCCUCCAGCCCUCAUGUCCUCUUCUACGGGGUCUCUGACAGGAACUUGAGGCGGAGGAAAUCCCAGCUGCAGUACAUGUUGAACCACCGGCUGCAGAUCCUGUCUCCUGUGCUGAGUGUCAGCUGCACAGAGACCCAGAGGAACAUCCAGAGGCUCAGGGAGAAGUUCAUGUCUGUCGCAGACCACAGGGAGAUCUUCCCCAACCUCCACCGUGUGCUGCCAAAGUCCUGGCAGAUGCUGGAGGAGCUGCACUUUAAGCCCAAAGACCUGUGGCUCUCGUGGUGGGACUCGGCCCGUCUGGGCCUCCAGGCGGGACUCACGGAGGACCGACUGCAGUGCGCCUUAUCUUACCUGCACGAGAGUGGGAAGUUGCUCUACUUUGAAGACAGCCUCACCCUGAGGGAGUAUGUUUUCCAUAAUCUUCCACGAUUCAUUGCAAUUCUUAAUGUUUUCUUCCAGAGGGACGAGUCCACACUGUUGGACAGGCUCCUCUCUGAAGGGGAGAGGGGUGACAAGGGGAGGGUGAGUCUGGUUAUUGAGGACGAGAAGGGGGAGAACCUCAGGGUGACCCAUCUGCAGCACCAUGUGGAGGGCUUCCUCCAGCAAGGCCUUUUGCCCUCCAACGUCAUCCGUCUGCUCCUCAGACCGCUCAUUCAGACCCAGCAGGACCUCCACCUUAUCAUGGAACUCCUGGAGAAAAUGGGGAUCUGCUACUGCAUCAACAAACCCCGCAGCAAACCCCUGAAUGGAGCCACAGCAUGGUACAAGUUUCCCAGCUACGUCAGCAACGAGGAGCCGCGGGCGGAGGCCUUGGCCGGUGGAAGCUCUCUGCCUCUGGGUCACUUCUUCUCUCUGGAGCAGCUGCACAUCCAGUACAGCUUCCCUUUCCUGUUUCCUCCUGGACUGUUUGCACGCUUCAGUGUGCAGAUAAACAGCCACGUGGUUCAGAGGUCGGAUGGCAGGCAUCAGAUCUUCGCCUAUCGAGGCAAAGUCCCGGUGGUGAUCAGCCACCGGCCCUCCAAAGGUAAACUGCAGGCAGAGACUCUGUCCAUCGCCAGCCACGCCUCGCUGCCUAACAUCUGGACUGCGUGGCAGGCCAUCACGCCGCUGGUGGAGGAGCUGAACGUGCUGCUGCAGGAGUGGCCUGGCCUGCACUACUCUGUACAUAUUCUCUGUUCCAAGUGCCUCAAGAGGGGGUCGACCGAGCCACACGCCUUUCCAGAUGUGUUCAGCUGUCUGUCCUUCAUCAGGCUGCUUCUGUACAAGCAGUUCAGUGAUCAGUCCUGUGACCUGCACAACACAAAUCAGCCCGUCUUCGUCGUGUUCACCUCCACCUCAUACAACAUUUCUUCUAAAGCAAACGUAAAGGUGGCAGGACUCUUCAUGAUCAGCAUUUGAACUCUACAAUAUCUGUGAGACUGUGUGCAUGUAUUUAAUAAUUUUCUGAAAUUCUCUUGAGCACUUUUGCUUAAAGAGUGACGAUAAAUCGAUUAUUUAAACAACUGCAGGUUAAUUUGCUGUUCAUCAAAUCAAUUAGUUGACUAAUAAUCACAGCAUAUCAUACACCAGAAUAUUCUUUAGUAUUUCAUGUUGACCUGUGAGUGAGUAAAAAGACGUAAUCAGACAAUAAGAGCUUCUGAUUCCUUUAAUCAGUCAGAGAGACUUAAUCACCAGCAAACAUCUGAGGGCGGGUGGGAGACAGUUUUCUGAUAUUUAGCAGACCGCACAGUUGAUCAGAUCAAUCAGAUGAAUGUUUAGUUCUGUGGUGACUGUCGCUCACAGGGCUGAUCACAGGUCAGUUUUCUGAAGAAACUUGAAUCAGCUGAGCUCAUGCUGCUUUUCUGCUGUGUAGCUUUGAAAUACUUCUUUUACUGAAGAGAAGACAGUUGUCCUCAGAGAAAACAAAAGCUGCAGCCGAUGUGGGCCCCCCCCCAUCGGGGCCACAGAGGAUCCUGGUCGUCCUGAUGCUGUGAUGGACCAGGCGGCCUGACUUGGGUUUACUGUAGACGUGUCAGAUACUCUGAUAUUGUGACAGUCCUGUGGAGAAGAUAACUGCUGCUUUCACAGACUGCUCACACAGUGAGAUUUUUGAUAAUCCUCAGUCAGGUGGAUGUAAUGCAGCCUUAAAAUUGCAGAAACAGCAUCCAUAAUGAAGUAAAGGUGAUCUGGGGUCUUAUCUCUGUGCCAUAUUGAUCGAUCGAUUGAGUCUGAAUGUAAAGUGAUGCAUCAGAGACAUUUGACUGAGUUUGUGUCAGUUGCUUCAUUACAAACUUUAACCUUUCAUUUCAUUCUUUGUGGUGGAGCAAACGGCGUGCGUGAGGCAAACCGGUCGCCUCACUUCCAGAAACAAAAGUUUGACGUUUAGUGAAUACUUGUGCUCACGGUCUGCAUGUUCUGUCUUGUUUGGUCUGUGCUAAAAGCAACAGUUCGUGGUUUCAGCGGAGGGGCGUGUGUGGAUUCAUUCAUGUCUCUGAGCAGCUGCCAAGCAACCAGCAGACACUCCAGGACGUCCCGCAGCCUGAAUGCUAAGCUAAGCUAAGCUAGGCGGCUGCUUGUGCUGAGCUGUCGGCGGACUCGUGGUUUCCUCCUCUCUGAGGCUGCAGAACUGCUGCUUUCGGGUCUUUUAUUGUGAUGUCAUGUGAUCACAUGUGAUCAAACGCUCAGUCGGCAUGCAGAUGGGAGUUCUCUGGAACCCUAACCCUAACUCUUCUCUGCUUUUCUCUGAUAGCUUUAGAAGCAGACCUCACGGUGAAACUGAUGGACAUUCGUGUUAUGUUUGCUGCUGUUUUAUAGACUAAACAGCAGCUGCAGUCUUUGUGGUUCAGGUUCAGUACUGAAGGGAAAUGCCACCAUAAAAACCACCUAAAAAGAUCUGAAAAGGGUUCAGGUUCAGUCCCCAGAGCCAGAGGCAGGUUUGAAGACAGACGUGUUGCUGGUGUGUGACCCCCGAUGGGAUGAAAUAGUUUCAGUGUGAUUGCAGCUCUGAGCUUUACUGAGUCAUUUUACAGCCUGAUAAGAGUCUGGAUCAGAGAAAUUCCUCACCCAGAGCUCUUUGUGCUCAGGCAGCCAACCAGAUCAGGAAAUGCUUUGGACGUCCUCUCGUGGGGGCCAAACAAAGAAAACUGCUCAGUAUUUUAUCACAUGUUGU